AUGCUUGCGACUGCUCAUACCCCGAACCAUUAUAUCCACCCAAGAAUAUAUGAGAAUCAAUGGAUAGAUAAUCAAAGUUCACGUUUGAAUUUUCUUACAAUUCAGACGAUUCCAGAAGAACCUGACAUUUUCGAUUGUCAAAAAAGUUAUCAUACUGAUAGUGAAUGUUCUUCAUUAUCAACCGAAGACCUUUACGUUGUUCUUGAAGUUCAACGACCACGACCAACCAAUGAACCGAUAAAUAAAAUAGAAAAGCCAUUAAGUUUUGCACAAAUUAUUGAUGAUGAGCAUCAUGUGGAAUACAAUCAACUUGUUGAACCACUGGUACUUGAGAUAUCUUCAAAAGAAUAUGCAGUAGAGAAAAUAAUUACUUUGCCAUUGGUUGACAAUGUUCUUUGCUAUACACCAAAAAUAUUCAAUAAAUCUAUUACGAAAUCUUACUAUGACUCACUCAACGAUAAGAAACGUAAUUAUAAACCAAUUGAACAUAGUUCUGCAUCGAUUUCAUGGACAACAUCUGAACAACAAUCAAGAAAUGAUUCAUAUUCGAACGAAAGUCUUGAUUCAAUUGAAAAUAAUUCACCGAAAAUUUCCUCGCAGCAAACUCGAAAAACGACUACAUUUGCUCAUUUAACAUCUCAACGUAGAUUGAAUUCUACUAUACAAAUACAACGAGAAAAUCCGAUCGCCGAGAAAACAACAUUAACACAUACAUUUGCAUUCGAUCGUACUUGUAUGAUAAAAUAUAACCGAGUUAAGAACGAAAAAAUUGAUCAAGAUGAAAUUGUUCUUCCAUUUUAUUUGAAUCAUAAACCAAAGAUCGAUAAUUCUGCUCUUCUAUCCAAUAAUUCUAUCACAAAAUCUCCGGUGUUUCGUUUAGCUAAAAAACGUUCUCAAACUAUCAAAUCUGAAUAUUAUUUACCUGAUGAAGUUAUGAAAUCGAGUGAACCUUCAUUACUUCAAGUGAAAUAUCUUGAUGGAAGAGCUACAUUAGUUAAUAAUCAUAUUCGAGAAUUAUCAGAAAAAUCUGAAAAUUUAUCAAAUUCAAUAUCAUCUCGAACGAGCGUCUCAAAGAUGUUUCACACAGAAGACAUAUCACUGUAUGAAUCGCUUCGAAAACGAAUAUCGAAUCGUUUUCAGAAUAUUUUAAAAUCAAGUUCGACCGAAAAACCGAAAACAUGGCAACACAAGACGAUAUUCGAACUUUUUAGUGAAAGAAAAAAAUAA